AAAAUUAAAGAUGGCGGCGAAAGUUUCAGCUGUUGGACUCUUCCUGUUACUUUUGCCGUGCUCUCUGUCAGAAGAUCGUUUGAUUUAUAUCGAAAAGGUGGUAGAUGCAUUGGAGAAAGUUGUCAAUUACUAUAAGUUGAAUUAUGAAGACUUGAAUGUGGACGGCUUAUUUGGAUUGCGUGUUGUAGAGGGACAGUUAAACCUUUUGCUGCGGGAAUAUGAAGAACAAGGAAGACAUCAUAACCUGUCAUCAGAUAUCAUAACCAGACUAAAAAAUAUGAAGUCAGUAUCCACCCUGGCAAGUAAUAAUGCGGUGGAAUAUGUCAGACGCGAUGAUGAGGAAUAUUUUCAGAAACUACGAUUUGUUGUUGGAAAGCCGUGGGAAUUCUCAAAAAGGCACAAAGAGCUUCAGAAUCAGCUUCGAUGGCACCCUGAUCUAUACCUACGACAGAGAAAAACCAAGUUGAAUGAAGACGUGUCAGACAGAUGUAUGGCAGAGCUGAUGGGGACCAACUCUUACUCCAAACGGACAUGUGAGAUUAGUGACUUCUGUAUCCAGAUGAUGACCACGACCGGCCUGUCUGGCUACGGAAUUACCCACCAGCUGCUCUGGACUGUACUGGCGGAACAGCACGGUUGUGGGUCGACCCUGAACAAGAUGUUGACAGAGAAAGGACUGAGAUCACUAGAGGACUAUAGGGAGGAGUUUUGUGCCAACAAUUUUUAUGAGAUGACUGAUUUUAUCAACAUACAUCUCCAUGGUAUCAUCUCACCAAAGUUCCAAGAUCUAUUUUUGGAACAGCAGUUUGUGUGUCCUAGUCUAGGAUAUUACCAGUUUUUGUCGUAUUCCUAUCUUGACCAGAUAUUUGUAUGGCAAAAACCACUAGGAUGUUAUGGUGUAAUGGAACGACUAAAGCCUGAAGAUCAGAUGGGAAGUAAACGCAGCAAAGAAUUAAGUGAUCUGAGUGCAGAGUACGCAUAUGAUGAUGACAUGGAAAACUAUAAUUUGAACGAACCUUUGAAUGUUCAAAACAUCAACAACUCUGAUCCUCUCCUUGCUAAAAGUAACAACCAACACACAGUAAACCAGAUGAAGGGAAGUGGUCCUGUGAAAAGUUUCGAUGACACAGCUUUUAAUAGCAAAAACGUGUCUGGUUUUUUAAAACGUGUUGAUAUAGAAAGACAGAGAUCAGCUGAUAUCAAACCAAUGGUUCCCAAGGCACUGGUAGAACAGAACAGUAAUGUCGUCAUACAGCGAGGGAACGGUCUCAUCGGGAAAUUUACACCGGCUGUGAGGAACGCCGCCUCACAUUCAGUGAUUGACACAGGAAAACAUUUAGUUGGCAAUGUUAUCCAGAUGAACUCACAAAAGGUGGAUUCAGGGGUCAAUGAUAAUAAUCAGAAAGGACCAAAUGUACAGGGAUCACACACAAAACAGUCAGACUUAGGGGGGCAGAGACAAACUGUGGACAGGGCGUCUAGAACUCUCAAUAUCAGCAAUGUUAAUACUUACACUGCGGCUAGAAACCAAAUACCUAAUCAAAACUCAGCAUUAAAUCAAAGGAUUCCUAAUCAGAGUGCACAAGUUAUUCCUAGGGGCGGAGUAGACAAGACAGAAAAUCAAAUUGGACAGCAGCCGCGACUCCUAGACCUGGGACACAAAGGGGAGGUGAUUCGCAACAUUGGACGACGUCUCUUGGCAGAAAAGGCAAUGAAAGAGGGUUGCCUGGCCCACAAGACUGCUGUGGCAGCGGGGGCACUGGUCAUGUAUCUACGUUACCUCAUCGAUCCUGGGCCCAUGGACAUACAGCGCAAAAUAGUGGACCCCAGCCAGCACCGCUUCCUCAUGAGCAGAGAGGUCUCAAAACGUCAGGCAAAUGCUUCUCACCUGAAUAAAGCUGAGGUUCAGGAUAAGAGAGGUCUGGUUGGGGAUGAACACUUGUUGAAAUCAUUUAGGUCGGGGCUAAUCAAUGCAGGUCACGCACUAAACGGCAAUGUUCCCAAACUUGGUGUUGGAGAAGAUUAUGAGGAUGGUCAGGAACCUAACAAUCUUCUCAAUGCUCAGUUGAAUCUCAACAAUGAAGACGGAGAUGGAAAUUAUUAUGCUCACGAUGGAAAUGACGAAGAUGGCUAUCAUGAAGAGAAAAAAGAAGGUUUGAAUGAUGAAAGUAAAGAUAAAAAACACAUGUUGGUGCAGUUUGAAAAUGGACCAGUAGUGAAUGGUGAGGGUGGACAUAAAGAUUUACGUGAUGGUUACGAGGAAGAUGGUUACAGAGAGGAUCAUCCCAACAAUGGAGGUGAGGACGGAGACUACGAUGAAGAGAAAGCUCUGAAUAAUUUUAAGAAUGAUGUAAAUCAUAUACAAAUUGGUAGGAAACCAGUGAUCCCAAAGGCAGAUGAAACGGAUUACACUUAUUAUGAUGAGAAAGAGCAACACAAUGGUUACAGUAACUUAAACAAUGAGGGUGAGGCUGACGCUGCAGAAUCUAAACAGAAAGUGCUCCCACCAGCUCAAGUUCUGGAGGAUAAAGUUGAGAGUGUAAAAAAUGAGGUCCUUCCUGCUGAGACUUUACCACAUGUAAACCAUGGUGCUAAUCCCCCUAACACUUUAUUUUUUGUGGUGUGUUGCAGCAUGCUACUCGUGGUGUUCUUUAUGUACAAGUUUAUCAGAUCGCGCCGAGUUCACAUCCGCUACCAUCCUCGACCCUUUGUUCGCUUAUGAUUGACAUUUUACAUAGACCGAUGCCAUUAUUCAAAUUAUAUGUAUGUUGUAUAAGAUUGUUAAGUUUUUCAAAUUGAUGUACUUUUCAUUUAUUCUCUUUGUACAUGACUGUACAGUAAAACCUUGAUAGAAUGUCCUUUUUCAUGUUCAAUGCCUAUCUCCCUUAAUAUAUAUGGCCAAACCACUUCCUAAUGCCAGAAUUUCAUUGACAAAUUUGGUAAUAUAACAAGUUUUUUCCUGUAAUGAUCAAUGUGAUAUUAUAAAGAGUUUUGGAAAAUGUCUCCAAUAGUUCAUAUUAACAUGUAUUUUACUUGGGAAAUGGGAGGUAACUUACAAUUUAAUUAUGAAGUAGAUAGAAUAUUGUGGUACUCUUCACAGAUUCAACUUCUUGUUCAUCAAUGUGAUCUCUGUGCCCACCCAGAAUCAUAUAUGUGUAAUAAAAACAUAUUAACAAAAUACACAUGACUACAUGCUCAAAAUGUUAUAGAUAAAUCUAAAUUUAAGUUCAGAUCUGUAUCUCAGAAUGUUAAAAAAGAAGACUUUCCACCGUCUGAGACAAUGUCUAGGGGUAACUGUUGUACCUCAUUUAUUCCUGUAGUAACUUACCAUACAUGCAUAUUUAUUAAUUAUAUUAAUGUUUACUUUUCUGAAAAUCAAGUAUUUUAAUUUCAGAAUUCCGCCAAAAAUUAGGCAAAUAAUGAAUGUUCCUUUGUACAAAGUGUAUAAGCAAAAAUGUGGUCGAUUCAGGGCAACUUAAUUUUGUUUUUGUCUCAGAAUUCGCUUAACUUCACUUGUUCAAAUGAAUGGGUUAACUGUACAGUAUAAUUUCACAUACUACAGAAACUUUUCAUGUAUCAUGUAUUUAUUAUAAUCAGUGGAAUAUACAAAUUUUACAGAUUUAGCUUUUAAAAGUUAGUUUUAUUUGUUUUAAAUUAUUUGUUGUAUUUUUCCUUGAUUUAUUAUUUUUGAUUUCUACAAAUAUAUAUCUUAAUAUGUCGGUUACUAUAGUAUGUUAAAGUAAGGCUUGACUUUACUUGACUGGACUUACUGGUAUGAUAAAAGGUGUACCAUAUUCAUAUGUACAAUGCUAGUAUAAGCUAUUUUAUUCGAGGAAAAUGUCAUGUCCCAUAGUUUCAGGAAAUAUCAAUUAGUUGAGCUAAACGAGGAAAUUUAAAAAAAAAAAUUGUUAAGUUUUUUGCAUGGUCUGACAUGCUUAACAGUUAAAAAAUUAGUUUUAAAGGAUAGAUACACUUCAAUUCUUUUUAAUUGUGUUCUCAAUUAAUUAUGUUUUUUCAUUUGUUCAUCCUUUUGUUUUAGAAGGUUGUUAACGAAAAAAAUUCAUGUAUUCCUAAAUGGUUGAUAAAAAUAAACAUUCCUUAUUGCACUUAUGUAUACGUUUCAGCUCUAGCCUAUAGUAAGUUAAUGGAAAUUAUGCAAGAAAACAUUUAUAAGUGCAUUAUUUGUUGGAAAACAAGAAACUUGAUCUGUCAAAAUAAUUAAUUCAAAACAUUUUACAAAAUAAAAAAACAAGAUCAUAAGAGACUUUCUGUCGGUUACAUAAGAUUUACUACAGUGAAAAUGUAUACCUACCUCACAAGGUACAUGUGUCUGAUCUACGAUGUGGAGGGUUUAAUAAUAGGGUUUCUGUGUUGAAACAUUUCAGCAUAGAUCGUUCCUUUUAUAGUUGUCAGAUAUUAGGGUGCUAGAAGCUUAUGAUUUGUUGUGUAUUCUGUUAUUUAAUUCUUUUUUAGUUGAGAUCAUGAUCAUAAUAAUUAGUUACCAGGUAAUGUUUUCGAGACUGCUCAGUAUAAUUAUAAGUAUUUUAAACUUUUUUUUAACCAGAUAUCUAUAUACAUGUAUAAUAUAGAGAGAGAACCACACUUUUUACUGUGUUCUGUCCAGCCUUUAGAUCCUGACUGCUGGCAUGUACUGUGUACAGCAACAAAGAUCUUGGUCAUGUGUAAAUAACCGAUGCAUCAUUUGAACACUGCAUUUCAAUGCUGAUUUGUCGAUAGCAGGCAAGAACAAUAGUCAUUACAGGGCGUUCAGUCAUGGAAAGUGUCCCAGUAUUCAAUUGUAACAUGUUUUGAAGAAACUACUGGGUAGUGCACAUGAUUAUUUUAAUUCUUCUUUAUAUUGAUAUAUAAAUAAGUUGUUCGUUUGGAUAAUCUAUGCAAAUAUUGUCAAUGCUGGAUACUUACCUGGAGGAAGGUAUUAGCUAUACUGUACUAAGGAGGUACCGGUAACUGUAUGACUGAGGGCAUUGCGGCAUGAGUGCUGGGUACUGGUAUGUGUGUUAUGUAAUAAUACAUUGGAAUAUUUAUUUUCUAAAUCUAUCCUACGAUUCUUAGAGGAUAUGAUUGAUAAGUCACAAUGACUACCCGGGUACAUGUAUUUACUUAUGUUAUUUUUGUUUUAAAAACAAUGUUUUGUUAGAAGAUUGUGUAUACAAAAAGAAUACCCUAUUAUAUGUCAUAUUGACCUAGAAAUUUCAACCUGAGGGUAAGAUUUUUUUUAUAGUUUAACACAAAUCUUUGCUGAGUGUUAAACUUAAAAUAUCUGUCAACAUUUUACACAAGAGUGAUUGAAUAUCUUUCUCCCACGCUUUCACAUAAAAAGAAAUUGAAAUUGUGAAUUUAGUGUACCUUCAUGAAGGGUGCAUAAAAUACGCGACAAAAUUGAUAAACGUUACCCUGGUCUUGCUGCAUGAAGUAAUGAUGUGAUGGUGUCACUUUCAGAAUAAUAGCUCAUGUCAGCUGUACGAUAAUACAUGUAUCGCUGUAGAAUGAGACAAAACGAUAAUACAUGUAACAUGGGAACAAUAUGUUGUCACUAUGUGCUAUCAGCAGGGGAGAAUAUAUAUAUAUAUAUAUAUACAAAUAAGAGAAGUAAAUGAAUUAGAAGUGUUAAUAAACAGUGUUUUAGAACAUUCUAUUGAAAGGAUGAGAGGGAAAAUUCCCUAUUGUGAGGGUAUGCUAGAGAAAUCCCAACCCUCAAGAGGAGCAUCUUUAUUGUCAAACCCUUAGUUUGAAGCAAGCCUUGGGUAAUUAGACAAUCAAGAAUGUACCCAUUGGGUUUCGAUUUUCCUUUGAUACCUUCGAUUUCAUGGUAAGGGACAGUUCUAUUUGUCCACUAAGUUGAGACAGAGAUGUGUCGUGUAUGUCUUUGGUUAAGCCUACCACUCAUUGGAUUUAUUUGUUUCCAGUUUCAACUUUACAUAUAGGUAUAUAUUUUAUGUUUACCUUUGUUUUGUAAUGGUGCUUUUAUGAUUAGGUGCAAGUUUUAAUUUUGCUUAUGUUAUAUAUAUUGAUGGCUAUAAUAUACAUAACUGCAAGUUAAACUUACCUUAAUGUCCAUGUGUUGUGCUAUAUUCAUAAAAAAACUGUAUUUCUGAGUUAUCUCCCCUGUCAGCCUUAAUGUAGUUUCCACACAUGCUAUGCAGGGUGAUUACAAACUGAUGUUUCUGACAUAGACAAAUGACUUGAUAUACACUUGUGUUGAAAUAAAUGUCAAAUAUGAA